GCAAGUUGGGAGGAGGUGUGGGAACCCAGCUGGUCUGAAUUUACUCUCCUCCCCCGCUGUGGGUCUACAGAAAUGCCUCCCAGGCUAUCCAGGAGGGGCCGAGAGAUUUAAAGCAGGUUCAGAGGGCUCAGAUGCCACUCACCAGACAGCAGGGUCGACUGCUAGUGACCUUGAGCCCAGUCCUGGACAGACAGACGGACAGACAGACGCACGAACAAGCAGAUGCUCCUUGGCCGGCUAUCCACUCUUCUGUGCCUGCUUAGCAGGGCCCUGCCUACAGGCUUAGGGAGGCCUGAACCCCAGUCUCACCGGCCUCAGUCCUGGGCUGCAGCCAAUCAGACCUGGGCUCUGGGCCCAGGGGCCCCACCCCUACUGGUGCCAGCUCCUGCCCUUGGGAGCUGGAAGGCCUUCUUGGGCCUGCAGAAAGCCAGGCAGCUGGGGAUGGGCAGGCUGCAGGGUGGGCAAGACGAGGUGGCUGCUGUGACUCUGCCGCUGAACCCUCAGGAAGUGAUCCAGGGGAUGUGUAAGGCUGUGCCCUUCUUUCAGGUGUUCUCCCGGCCCGGCUGCUCAGCCAUACGCCUCCGAAAUCAUCUGUGCUUUGGUCGUUGCUCCUCUCUCUACAUCCCUGGCUCGGACCCCACCCCACUAAUCCUGUGCAACAGCUGUAUGCCUGCUCGCAAGCGUUGGGCACCCGUGGUCCUGUGGUGUCUCACUGGCAGCUCAGCCUCCCGUCGACGGGUGAAGAUAUCCACCAUGCUGAUCGAGGGGUGUCAUUGCAGCCCGAAAGCAUGAACUGAGCAUCGUGGAUGGGUGCACGGAGACACGCACCUUGGAGAGAUGAGGGGAGAUGGACCAAGAAAGACGUGGACCUGGAUGAUGUACUCUGGGUCAAGAGACCAGGGAUGCACAGUUAGGCAGACAGGUCCCCAGAGUCCUCACCCUGCUCCCCAGACACUAGACACAGUGCCCGUCCUGGAGUUGCACCACUGAUAGUCACAGCACACAAUGAUUGACAAUUCACUUUUUUUUUUUUUUUUUGAGACCGAGUCUUGCUCUGUCACCCAGGCUGGAGUGCAGUGGCGCGAUCUCAGCUAACUGCAAGCUCUGCCUCCCGGGUUUAUGCCAUUCUCCUACCUCAGCCUCCCGAGUAGCUGGGACUACAGGCACCCACCACCACGCCCGGCUAAUUUUUUGCAUUUUUAGUAGAGAUAGGGUUUCACCACGUUAGCCAGGAUGGUCUCGAUCUCCUGACCUCAUGAUCUGCCUGCCUUGGCCUUUUUUUUUUUUUUUAAGGACAGAGUCUCUCUCUGUCACCCAGGCUGGAGUGCAAUGGCGCGAUCUUGGCUCACUGUAACCUCCACUUCCCAGGCUCAAGCAAUUCUCCUGCCUCAGCCUCCCGAGUAGCUGGGACUACAGGCUCCCGCCACCAUGCCCAGUUAAUUUUUUGUAUUUUUAGUAGAGACAGGGUUUCACCAUAUUGGCCUGGCUGGUCUCAAACUCCCGGCCUCAGGUGAUCUGCCCACCUCGGCCUCCCAAAGUGCUGGGACCAAAUCCACUGUUAAUCAUUAGGCUGAACUGUCUCUUAUAGAAUGAGGUCAAAGACACUCCCAGUUGCAGGGAUGGUAGAUGGCCCCACCCAGACCGAGAGACACAGCGAUGACCUCGGCCUAGGGACACCAAAAAAGAAAAAAAAAAACCCAAACCAAAAAUGCAAACCAAAGCAGGCAGGCAGACAGCUGCUGGGGGAAAUCCUGGGGUCCUUGAGACAGAGGCAGGACCCUCGUGUUCCCAGCUGCCUCUUGCCUUGAUAGUGGUUGCUGUGUCCCUCUCAGACCCCCCACCUGAGUCUCCACAGAGCCCCACGCCUGGCGUGGCAUUCCACAGAAACCAUAAAGGUUGGCUGAAUCCAGCUGUC